AUGUCAAAGGUCCGAAAUAAGAUUGCUACUGUGGUUGCAGCUGAUACAUACGAUGCCGGUGUUGGAUUCUGUGGCUGGUUGGUUAUCAUGUUAUCCUGGAUUCUGCUCAUUUCAAUAUUUCCAAUUUCAGUUUGUUUUUGUUUUAAAGUUGUACAGGAAUAUGAAAGAGCUGUCAUUUUUCGGUUAGGACGAUUGAUUGGUGGCAUUUUCUUCAUCUUGCCGUGUAUUGAAUCCUACACAAAAGUAGAUUUGAGAACUGUAUCAUUUAAUGUUCCGCCACAAGAGAUAUUAACGAAAGAUUCCGUGACGGUUUCUGUAGAUGCAGUAGUGUACUAUCGUAUAUGUAAUGCAACAGUAUCCGUAGCUAACGUUGAGAAUGCUCAUCAUUCAACAAGGCUUCUUGCACAAACGACUUUACGAAACAUGCUUGGCACAAGAAAUUUAUCAGAAAUUUUAUCAGAUCGAGAUGCCCUUGCAGCGUCCAUGCAGGCUUUAUUGGACGAAGCGACAGAAAGCUGGGGAAUCAAGGUUGAACGUGUCGAAAUUAAAGACGUUCGACUGCCGGUGCAACUGCAAAGAGCAAUGGCGGCAGAAGCAGAAGCAACGAGAGAAGCUCGGGCCAAAGUUCGUGUAAUUGCUGCAGAAGGUGAACAGCAAGCAUCUCGUUCAUUACAAGAGGCGGCAACAAUUAUUUCAGAGUCUCCUGCAGCUCUUCAGUUAAGAUACUUGCAGACUUUGAAUAGUGUUGCGGCGGAAAAGAAUUCAACAAUUAUAUUUCCUCUACCAAUUGAACUAAUUCAGCACUUCAUGAAGCAGUGA